AUGAUGCAGCCAAUAGUUCCAGUUUUGUUAGUGCUUGUCUCAGUAGUUAUCUUGCUCUGGAUCAAAUCAUGGCAGUCGAAAAAGGCUCGCAUGCAGAGCCUAGGACAAAAGCCGCCCAUGCUGCCUUAUAAACUGCCCUUCGGGAUUGAUGCGGCAUAUAUGUUUGUUUCCCAUAUGCUUCGCCUCGACUUCUUUGAAUGGACCCAGACCCUGCUGGACCACCCGGGAAGAACAAUCGAUAUCUACGUGCUAGGCACUCGACUGGUGCUGACAGACGAUUGCGACAACAUGAAGGCGAUUAUGUCCAGCCAGUUCUCGGAUUAUGUGAAGGGCAGAUUUGUCCACGACCUUUUUGAGAGUGUCCUGGGCGACUCGGUGUUUACCAUUGACAUCCGGAAGCUUGCCAAAAGCAGGCCGAUUGACUUCGAGGUCGCUGAGAAAUAUAUCAAGAUCUUCCUCGAACACCUUGACAAUGGAGGCAAAGCAAUCGAAGUUUACGACCUCGUUGACCGGCUCCAACUCGACAUCGUAACGGACAUCUUCUUCGGCCAUCCAACGAAUUCACUGCGCGGAGAACAUCUGCCUUUCCGGGACGCGAUGAACAAGCUGUUGGCCAUCAGUACAGCGCGAAUCUGGAUGGGGCCCAUCUCUUCGCUACUCCCAGACAGCUUGAUCGCCCGGAAGGCGACGCAAGACUUCAACAGUUAUCUGGACUCACAAGUUGCCAGGACUCUGUCACUGCCUGCGGAUGAACUAAAGAAGCGACAGAACUCGCUUACAUUGAUGGAAGCUCUUGCUUUGCAGAGACCAGAACCGAAGUACAUCAAAAAUCAACUUAUUGCCGUGCUGAUGGCGGGAAAGGUUGGAAUCGUCUGGGAUAUGGUGACUCUAUCCGUCGCCCUGUCAGAGACUGACCUUCUAGUGGGAUUCAACAUCCGCGAGGCGAAAAGGGACACAACUCUCCCCAAGGGAGGAGGGCCAGACGGCCAGAUGCCAGUACCCAUCUUAGCGGGAGAGCAAGUCAUAUACUCCGUCAUCGGCCUCCAACGACGACCGGAUAUCGUAGGCGAGGACGCUGAUCAAUGGCGGCCGGAUCGAUACAACACAUGGACGCCGCAGACGUGGGAAUUUCUCCCAUUCAACCACGGGCCAAGAAUCUGCCUGGGGAGAGUGUUCGGUCAGUUCCAGAUGGAGUAUACGCUGGUGCGCAUCUUCCAACAUUUCGACGCCCUGGAGUCCGCAGAUGGACGCGAGCAACGGAUCAAGAUUGAGAUGAAUACGAAGAUGGCGUACCCGGUGAUGUGCCGGUUCCAUAGGGCCAGAUCCGAAUGA